CGGGUACUUUUAUUGCUAUAGAUUCCCUCUACAGUCAAGGUACAAAAUUCGGAAAAGUUGAUAUCCCGGGUUAUGUCAGAACAAUGAGAAAACAUCGAAUGAACAUGAUUCAAGGCCACGAGCAAUACAAAAUGGUGUAUGAAACACUGAACGAGGCUUUCCGUGCGAAACACAAUUUGGUUAAUAGAGAUGAAUUUGUCGAAAAAUAUGGCGGCUUGAAAAACGAUGCUUCUGAUUCAUCCACAGAGCUGGCGAUGGAAUACAAGACAUUGAAAGCCUUAAAGCCAAUUUACUCCGAAUCAGAUUUAUCAACUGCUAAAGAAAAUUUGGAAAGGAACUUCUCACCGGAUAUUUUGCCAGUGGACAAAUAUCAUUGCCACCUUACCUACGUCAAAGGACAAAGUAAUUACUACAACGCUGUUUUACUACAGUCUUACACCCGACCUGACGCCUUAAUUAGUGCCCAGUUUCCAGCUGCUGGAUCAACGGAAUCACUCUUCAGACUACUCAAAGACUUCGACACGUCUGUUAUAGUAGCCCUCUCCUCUCUAACGGACAUAGAAUCAGUUUAUACAAAUUCAUUUUUGCCUCAAGAACAAUCGUCCAUCACUGUCGGAUCCUUUAUCUUAACACAUAAAUCUACGUUAAAGACACCAAAUGUCUCCAAAACCAAAUUGGUCUUGAGAAAAAAGGUAAAUGAUUACCAGAUGUUUGGGCGAAGUUACUUAAUAAAUUUGCAAAUAAGGAAUACAUGUACUCAGUAUUUCUUAUUUGUUGUUUCCUUAAAGUAAAUGCUUUUCCGAAAUAGAGAAAAUUUCAAUAAAUAC